AUGCGAGGCGUGGCGCUGCUGGUGUGCGCGGCGGCGGCGAGCCUGCUGGCCGGCGUGCAGGGCAUGUACUCGAGCGAGGACAGCGUGAAGGUGCUGGACCCGGAGAGCUUCCGCGAGCAGGUGCAGCAGGACUCGGGCGUGUGGCUCGGAUCCGUCAAGGUGGCUGCCAUUGAGGCGACGGCCAAUGAGCAGAAGACGGCCGAGUACGGCAUUGAAGGAUUCCCGACCAUUAAGGUGUUCGGACCCAACGCCAUGGGCCCGUCCGACGCCGACGACUACCAGGACGAGCGCACUGCCGCUGCCAUCACGGAGUUCGGUCUCGCGGCGCUGGAUGUGAUGGGCGGCGGCCUGCGGAUCAAGGAGCUAAUCUCGGAGGAGACCCUGACGGACUUCUGCGAGGGCAAGUCGAGCUGCGUCAUCAGCGUGCUGCCGUACAUUACGGAAGGCGGCAAGAGUGCGCGUGAGAGCUACAUUAAGACGCUCGAGGAGGCGGCCAAGCUGGUGCGCGGCAAGCCGUUCAAGUUCGGAUGGAUGCAGGGUGGUGACCAGCUCGACUUCGAGAGCCGCUUCGAGCUGACGUUCGGAUACCCGUCGCUGGUGGCCAUCAACCUCGACCGCAAGCGCUAUGUCGUGCAGCGCGGCGCCUUCACGGCCGAAGCUAUUAGCGAGUUCCUGCAGGGCGUGAUGCAGGGCCGCGAGUCGACCGUCGGCUUCGACAAGCUGCCGGAGAUCAAGACGGUCAAGCCGAGGGAUGGCAAGGACGUGCAGCUGGACGAGAUCGAGGAGGACGAGGACGACGAUAUCAUGAACGAGAUUCUGGGCAACGCCGCCGACUAGGACGAGAUUUAGAUUUUGGAGUGCACAUUUAGAAGAACUUUGCGUGCAUUCAUUCACUUGUGUCGAGCAUUCGUAAGACAGUUUGACGACAAAUCAAAUGUAGCCAUGUGAUUGGCUAAUAUU